AUGCCAAAUACAACACAUAUUCUAAUCGCUGUUGGCGUUGGCUUAGCAUUGAUUACGAUUUUAUCACUUUUUAUCUCUAGUAUGGGCCGAAUUGAUACGGACGAGGUCGCUAUUCCUUACAAUGCAAUCACAAAGAAUCUACGUCGAGAAGUAAAAACAGCCGGUUUACAUUUUGGUUCACCAGGUUUUACACUUAUUACUUUUCCAAGUGUAUUUACUUCAAUGCUAUUUGACGAUAUAUCAUGUCUUAAUUACGAUGGUGUUUCGAUUAGCCUUGAUGUAACUUUUCAGUUUCGAAUCGAUCCCGUCUAUUUAUAUGAUAUUGUUGUUCAAUUUAAAGAUUUUGACGGCUAUAAAGAAAUUCUUUAUGCCACAGGACAAACAACUGUUCAUGAUACGUGUGCACACUUUAACACAACUGCAUUUCAAAGUAUGAGAGGCUAUUUUCAAAUUAAACUAUUGGAUGAAAUGAAAAAUGCAUUAACUCCAUUCUAUGCUAUUCUACGAGAUUUACAAGUCAAUGAUGUUCGUCGACCAUCUGUGUUUGAAACAGCUGUCAAAGAUAAAGAAGCAGCAAAAGAAAAUAUUAAAAUAGCUGAAAAUGAACGACCAAUCUUGUUAACACAAGCUCGUACGGAAUAUCAAAAGGCACUAAAACAAGCUCAAAUUAUUCACGAACGUGCUGAUACAGACAGUACAAUUAUUCGAAAUCAAGCUGAUGCUGAAGCACAAGCUGUUCGAGCGCGAUAUUCUACUGAAACAGAGACUUAUCUGGAGUUGAAAAAUAAGAUGCAGCUUAAUACUGAAGCCUUAUUGACAUAUAUGGGUAUUCGUGUUAUUGGUGCAUCAAAAAAUGAUAUUUAUAUCAAUUUAAAAUCUCCAGCACAGGUCAAAUAUGAAUUAUAA